CUCAUCCCCGAUACAUUUUUUUUUCGCUCGCUGUCCUUUACUCUACCUCCACCUGAACACCUUCUAUAAUUACCUACAUUAGCCAGAGACAUGCCUAGUAGCGACAUAGAUGAUGAUGAGUUAUUCGGCCCUGAUGAAUCGGCCCAUAAUGAGCAGUAUGGGGGGCAGCUUACAGAAUCCGCUGAACUCAGCGAGGAAGAGAAAGCCUGGAAGGGUCAAGAGCUAGACCAGCAAUGCAAAGAUGUGUUAAACCUUCUCUCGCAAAACAAGAGACGGUGGGACAGCAGUGUCGGAAGCCAAGAAACCCCAAUUCUCGAAGAGUACAAAAAGCGAACGCUCGCUGAGAGAAAGGGGGAUAGCAAUGAGCCUCUUCGAGCGACAGCACUCCAUGUCCUUGCAAGAUCCAAAGCCGAGUUCUACGCGGCGCGAAAAGAUGUUUGUAAGCAGCUAAUACGUUAUCUCAUCGAGAAUCGGGUCAAAGACACGGACGAGCCUCAGUUUCCAGAUGGGAAAAAGAAAAUGUUAGUCCUCGAAGUGGCCUUAGUUUACGAAAACGACGAAUUUAUCGACUGUGUUGAAGAAUGCCUCGGGGACAAAUUUCCGGAUUUUUUACAUCUCCAAGAUGAUAACAAACGGAAUUGUCUACACCACUUAUUUGCUUGGCCCUUCGAACGGUCUGGGAAAAAGUCACUGCCGCAAAAGUCACCAGAAGACAAUAAGUUAUAUUUAAUUCAGUUGAGAAAACUUGCUCCCAAAGCCAAGCCAGAAACGCUUGCGUCUGCUGACAACGAAGGCAACACACCAAUUCAUUAUGCCAUGCACGUAAAGCAGUGCAACGAUAGGGGCUACGAAUACAUUGAAAUUGUACAGGACUUGAUUCUCAGGGCUGACGAAUUGAUGAUCAAGAAUAAGACUCUGUUUAAUAAAAAAGGGGAAUCUCCGAUCAUGUACUGUCGUAACGUUAUCAUCGCUGCUAAGGAAGAAAAGAAAAAGAAUGACGAGGCGAAGCAGAAAUCAGUACCUCCACCCACUAAAGAAGAGAAGGCCUUGAAUCAACCGCAAAGACCGGAAAGCCGGGCGGAAAGCCAAUUCGAUGGAAGUGGUUCCACGAAAAAAGCACAGCAGCUCGCAAGUCAAGGUGCCGCCUCGGGUAAUCAGUACGUAAACUUUGGGAUCCGAAAUCGCGACAAUCGGAAUUACGCCGUGGAAAAUCAAAUCAUGGGAAGUCAGGCGGUGACUAUGAAUACCUCUGCCACCUUAACCAGCCCUAGCCCCUUUCCAGAAGGGCAUCGGCUACAGAAAGCACCUACAAUCGAUACUUCCCAAGACAGGAUUUCGAUUCAAUACCAGUCUCAGAUGCCACCGCCUAGUAGAAAGCGAGGACCGCCGACUCCAAUUACAGCAUCAAAGGCUGGUCUAAGUACGGGGGGCUCGAAGCCAACUAGAGGGAACACAACGCCUCCGGCAACCACGGGCGCGAAAGCAGCUAAGAUAUUAUCUGACUUCCUCAAGGCGCACUAUACGGGGACAAGGUCGGACUUAGAUGCCCGUGAUCUUAUUUAUGGCAGAGGCGCCGACGGUUGGGCCACAAAUCUAUAUUUCGACGCAAGAGGCCUACAAGAUACCAAGAAGGUCUUAGAGCUAUUGGAUCGGAUGAAAGCCGGCGGGUUCAGCACCAUACUUUCGUAUGUCAGCAUCCCGGUUAUCCGUCAUGUCCCCGUUGUCCCUUCAGCGGCAGAUAAUGUAGACGUUACGAAUCCUCGACCUGGGCGUACCGAUCUCGUAGACGUAUUCAAUAAAUUGUACGACGAGCUCAAUGUAAGAGAGAUUUUGCGGCUAGAGGUCGAAGAUAGACAUAAACCAUCGCAUACAGAUGCCGCCAUAGAGAAAGCAAUCCAAGGGAGGGACUCGACAGUGGACCAGGCCAUGCGCAAGCCCAUUUCUAUCCACACUUGGGAUUGGCGUAAGCCUGAUUUGAGCACCGAUGUCAUCGCCUUCGCCGCCCCCACCAUCAAGGUAGUACACUUGUACUGGAGUGGCAAUCAGACUGUGUUAAAAGCCUGGGGGUGCAGUGAAGGCAUUCCCAGGUUACACUCGACAACUGGCGUGGAAAAGGUCGUCAUUCAUACCUCUCCAGGUCUCGAAACCAUAGAUAGGAUGAAAACGGCGAUCAAGCGAUUCAAAGAUGCGUUGAAGGAAACAUACCCAAAUGUGGAAUUUAUCCGCUCAAACUCAGGCAGAGAUAAUAAGGACAAGUUGAUGAAGGAGCUUCUACGUCGUGGAGAAUCACAGAAAGUGCAGAUUGAAUUCAUCUACAACAACCAGAUGGGCGAUUACUUUGCCAACAUAAAUACCGGCGAAGAGGCGUCUGAGUACAUCGAUGACGAUUCGACCGCAAAACAACAUGUUUGGGUCGACGCCAUGGACAGGUUUCGCAGUGCUUUAGCAUCGAUGAUACCGCAGGUACCCUCUCCAACAGAUCGAGUCAGAGUUGCGCUCAUCGAUGACGGAGUGAAUCUCGGCAGCGUCGACAUGUACGGUGGCAUUGUCAAUGUCAACGGUCUCAGUUUCCACCCCUCCGACCGCCAAACAGAAAACCCAUGGCACUAUUCCAGCGGCGGCCACGGCACCAUCAUGGCCAAUAUGAUUCUGCGCAUAAACCCGUGGGUUGACCUCUUCGUCAUCAAGAUCCACUGCGGCGUAGCCCACAACCACGGACGGACCAUCUCAGCCCACAGCGCCGCCGAAGCCAUCCGAGCCGCCAUCGACCUGAAGGUCCGGAUCAUUUCAGUAUCGUGGACCAUUAAAUACCGAAUAGCAACAGGAACUAGCUCAGCCCUAGAUGAGAGCGACCCAUCCAAACCCGCGAAAAAAGAUGCCUUCACCCAGCUUAGAGAAGCUAUCAACGAAGUGAAGAACAACGGCAUUAUCAUGUUUUGCUCAGCAAGCGACGACAUCCAGACCACCGCGAUGAAGGUACUCCCAUACAGCCAGCAGCCCGAGCAUAUCUUCCGUAUCGGCGCCGCGCUCUGGCUGGGGCAGCGCGAUCCGACGACGGAGACGCCGGAUCGAAUUGACUGGUACUUUCCAGGAAACCAAGUAGCCGAAGCCAAAAACCCACGCUCGCAAGCCCCAGUCAAAUACCACGACGGGUCCUCCGCGGGCACCGCUCUAGCCGCAGGCCUAGCAUCACUAAUCAUGUACCUAGCGCGGCUCCUACAAACCCGCCACGCCGAGACGAAAGAAGCAAAGCUCUUUAAGGAUAUCGCCAAGGAUCUAGAAGACAGGACGAAGAUGAAGCAGGCAUUAGACAUGAUCGGCAAGAAGGGAAACUACCAACAAGACAAGAAAUACCUGCCCGUAUGGGACAUCUUCAACCCAGCGACGGAGAUCCUGACGUCAGCCAGGGACGCGGGGCCGAAGUGGGAUGCGUUGAAGAAGUUGGUGAUGUCGCUUUGUUUGGAAGAUGGUAGAUAAUAAUAACAAGUACUGUAGAUAGUUUAUUUAAUAAUACCUAUACAAAAACCCCAUCAUCAUCCCAAGAAAACCAACGCUGACCUUGACACCCAAAACACCUCGCUUGUAAAAGUGCUAUAUAUAUACAAUUCCCUUCCCGUUUCCCCACAAUCUACCUAUAUAAAAACCUCGAAGGUUUAUCUCAUGCAAAACAUGCCAUGCCAUGCCUUCAAACGUAUGUCG